AUGCGCCGCAUCCUCCUCGUUCUCGCGGCCGCAGCGGCGGUCGUCGUCGCCGUCGCCGGCGCCGAGCCCGUCCUCCGCCAGGUUACGGACGUCCCCACCGCCGUGUCCUGGGGCGUCUCCGACGCGGACGCGCUCUUCUGCGACAGCUGGAGGCUGUCGGUGGAGACGGCCAACGCGGGCCCCUGGCGCACCGUGCCGGCGCGCUGCGGGGCGUCCGUGCGCGCGUACAUGGAGGGCGAGCGCUACGCGUCCGACUCCGCCGUCGCGGCCGCCGAAUCCCUCGCCUUCGCCGCGCAGGCGCUCGCGUCGGGCGAGGGGGGAGCCAUGCCGGCCUGGGUGUUCGACGUCGACGAGACGCUGCUCUCCAACGCACCCUACUACGCCGUCAGCGGAUGGGGACCCACCCAAACAUCAGCAACGCCUUAUCUUUCUGCUCAAAAUUCUCAAUAUCCAUCACCAGCAAUUCGAAGUCAUGGUGAAGCAAUCUCCAGUUUCUUAGCAACCGGGUUACAGGAAUUCAACGAGACCUCAUUUGAUGCAUGGGUAGACGUAGCGAAAGCACCUGCAUUACCAUCUAGCUUGAAACUGUACAAUGAACUGCAAGGACUUGGUUUCCAUAUUAUCCUCUUGACUGGACGAAGUGAAUUGCAGCGAAAUGCUACAGAAGACAAUCUAUUGUUUGCGGGCUACAAUUCAUGGGAAAAACUCAUACUGAGGCAAAUCUCUGAUAUUGGCAAGACCGCUGUGCAAUACAAAUCAGAGAGGCGAGCUGCGAUGGAAGCGGAAGGGUUCAAGAUACUUGGAAACUCUGGGGAUCAAUGGAGUGAUUUGAUAGGAUUGCCAAUGGCAACGAGAUCCUUUAAGCUUCCAAAUCCAAUGUACUUCAUCAGCUGA